AAUGGCAAAUAUGGAAACUUCGGCGAGGUCGGUAGAUCCUCUAGUGGUCGGAAAGGUGAUCGGAGAUGUUUUGGACAUGUUUGUUCCGGUGGUUGACUUUACGGUGGAGUAUGCUUCCAAACAAAUAUCGAAUAAUGGAGUUGAAAUUAAGCCAGCAGAAGCUGCACAAAAGCCUAGAGUUCAUAUAAAGGGUUCUCUUCAUUCUAAUAAUCUUUACACCCUUGUUAUGGCUGAUCCAGAUGCUCCUAGUCCAAGUGAACCGACUUUUAGAGAAUGGCUCCAUUGGAUUGUCACGGAUAUUCCUGAGGGAGGUGAUGCCUCUCAAGGGAGGGAGAUGGUGGAAUAUAUGGGACCGAAGCCACCGGCAGGGAUACAUCGAUACGUGUUCACUCUGUUUAGGCAGAAGGAGGCGGAGCAAGUGCCCCAUAAACCACCACAAGGGCGAUCCAAUUUCAAGACUCGACAGUUUGCAAGUGACAAUGGACUUGAUCUUCCUGUGGCUGCACUGUACUUUAAUUCACAAAAGGAACAUGCUGCUCAUCACUAGCUCUUUACAAUGUGUGCUGCUAUAUAUAGCAAUGUAAUUACUACCUUAUGCUUGUUAGCUAGUAUUGCAAGUGCUUUGCAUAUAUAGAGUUAUGUAUACUUGUGUUUAUGUGAGGUGCAUUAUAUUUAUAAGAAUAUGUGCAUGUGCUGUUUGAUAUCA